UGACAUGCUGAUGACCUAGCUAGCAAUCCAAGAAGCAAGUUAGCAGGCGUCACAACACACCGUUCAAUUUAACUUUUUGGAGGAAAUAAACUAAAGGCCGGAGCUAUGAGUAGUAUGCGAACAAUUUUAACUUCCACAGCACUUGUUGGUGCUGUCGGUAUUGGUUACGCAAUGUGGUCUGUUAUAUCGCCAUCUGAUGAAAGGAAAAGAGAAAUAUUGAAGAAUCUACCCGAAUCAAACCCUGUGCGCAUGGAUGAGACUCGGAGACGGAACGCUCUGAUGAUGCAGGUGUUAAAAGACGCGUCUGAGAACCCGGACAACAUUGCACGUGGAUUUUCGCCUCCGAAGAAUUGAACUGGUAUCAUGAGGAAAGGACUUGAACUCACGGUCCAUAGUUGACCAUUUGUGUGGGAAAAAGAAGCAGGCAAAUUCUUCGUCGCCACCUAAUUUAACCCAAUUAAACUAUUCCACAAAGCGUUAA